CGUCUAAAAGACCGGUAUUAUUGCGAAACAACAUUUUCGCUAUAACCACAGACUAAAUUUUGGUAUAAAAACCGCAUGGGGACCCUUUAUUGUCACAACUACCCUAACCGCACAACUGAGAAGACAACCAAGCAAAUAACGCAAAAAUGUUCAAGUUCAUUUCCUUCGCCGCUCUCGUAGCAGUCGCCAGGGCCGGAUUCAUUGGCUCUCCGGAUUCAUUUGCUGUCAAUUACAAUCCUUACAAUGCAGCCGUUUCUGCCCCCCUUGCAAUUCACGCCCCUGCCAUUGGAUCUUCUCAACAAAGCGUCGUCCGCUCCUUGGAUGGAAACUCCGCAGUUUCCCACUACAGCAAAGCCGUUGACACUGCUUUCUCCAGUGUUCGCAAAUACGACACCCGCGUGACCAAUGACGCCAAAUACCUCCAAUACGCAGCUGCUCCUGCUCUUUACCACGCUCCGGCUCCAGCUGUCUACACGGCCGCAGCAGCUCCAGCUUCAACUUAUUACGCAGCAGCCUCUCCAAUCGUCAAAACUGUAGCUUCAGCUCCUGCCUACUACGCCGCACCCUCUCCAAUUGUCAAGACUGUAGCUCCUGCCUACUACGCUGCAUCCUCUCCAAUUGUCAAGACCGUAGCUCCGGCUUACGCCCCAGCUUCAGCCUACUACGCAGCUCCCUCUCCAAUUGUCAAGACUGUAGCUCCGGCUUACGCUCCAGUUGUUGCUCACACAACCUUCACUGGAUUUGGCGCAUCCUACGCCUUCUAAACUAUUAAAUUAUUUAUUUUGUCCUGACAAUUAGCUCAAGUAUUCUUCAAUGAAAAUGUAAAUUAAAAUUCUUGAUUUACCUUUUAAAAUUACCAUGGAUUUAAAAUUCUACCGUCGUACAUUGUUUUUACGUUUCAUGAUAGAUGUCGUAUAUUUUAGUAAUUUCGGAGUAAUCUUCUUUUCCUAUUUAUUAAAGAGUCAAAAAAAUCAUGUUAUUAUAAUUGUACCGUUAAAUUACUUAAUUUUAUUUGCCAUUGAAAAUACGUGUACAUUUCUAGAAUAAUUGAAUUGUAACUAUACUUACCAUUCUUAUUUAUAUUUUUGCCAUCUCAUCGA